GUUUCCCCCCCCACACGUGUGUAGAGGAAUAUGUUGAUAUCUUCUGUCUGUAAAUCGCAGGCUUUCAUGUGUUUUUGUAGCUGGAUUUCAGGUUAAUUUCGUCGACAUGGAUCUCGCCUCAAGGGAUUCGUACAUUCAGAAACUCGCGAGUAAAGUCUUUUCUCAUCAAGAGCAGGAGCCGAAGAAGAAACCAUUUGCUCAUUUUAAGGGUAAAAGUGACACAGGUCCUCCAAAGAAGAAGAAAAAGUGCAAAAAGAAGCACUUUAAAGAAAAGGUUGCCGAUGAGAAAACUCCGAAGAAAUCUGUACCCUUGACUGCCGCACAGAAAGGCUCGAACACAGCGAAACUGAACGGCUCCAAAGCCCAGGGCGUGAAUGGAUCAACAACACAGCCACCUAAAGGAGGAAAUGUAGAGUCCAACUUCUCCACAGUAGAUGUUCUCCGCAAGAGACUACAUGAAAAGAUCGAGGAGUCCAGAGGGCAGGGAGCUCCAAAGGAUGCAUUAUCAGAGGCCGUCCAGGCAAAGCGAGCAAAGAGAAAACUGGAGCGUGAGCGCAAGAAGAGAAAGAGGAAAGAGUUCCGGCUGAAGAAACUUGCUGAACAAAGCGCCCAAGAAGAGCAGCCGGAGAUUAAACAGGAAGCACCACCGGCCCCGGCUGCGAACAAAAGAAACCAAACCGCCAUCAUCUUCAACAAGGUGGAGACGGUGGAGGAGGGCUAUGUGGACAAAAUCCAGAAAAAGAAGUUGAAGAAACAGAGCAUGAAGGGUCAGAUCACACCGCUGACGGGAAGGAACUACAAGCAGCUGCUCACGCGCGUGGAGGCUCGCAAAACCAAGCUGGAGCAGCUGCGGGAGAAAGACGAGGGGAAGGCCCGCGAGUACGAGGAGAAGAUGAAGUGGACCAACAUGCUCUACAAGGCGGAGGGCAUCAAAAUCAAAGAUGACGAGAACAUGCUGCGCACAGCGUUAAAGAAGAAGGAGAAGAAUCGGUCUCAGAGGAAGAAGAACUGGAAUGAGCGCAGCCAGAACAUCUUAGGGAAGAUGCAGCAUCGGCAGGACAAGAGGCAAAAGAACAUCCAGAAACAAAAGAAGGCGAAAACAGAGAAGAAGAAGGACAGGGCGAGGAAGAGAGGCAGAGUGCUGCCUGAGGACUUGAAAUAAGCUGCAGUUUAAGAUGAAACUGUGUGUGGUGUUUUGAAGCAAGAGAAUCUAUACAAUUUUGUAACGAGUGAGAAAUAGUUAUCUUUUUACAGAGGUAUGUCUGUCAGUGAGUCGUAUCAUGUGUCUGUCAUGAUCAAUAAAAUGUGAUCCUUCUUUCUUGAAA